CUCAUGCCAGUAUAAGGAAACAAGACAGCAGGAAAAACAAACAAGCUUUAGGAAAAUAGAGGAGCACGCUUUUUCUUAAAUAUGUUGAAGGAGUAAGCAUGACAAAGCGUGCGUAAAAAGCGCGUUCUCCAUUUAAAUAGACUUUCAACGGAGGGAAGGGAUCCAAAGAACAAUAUCAUCUUUUUGGGGGGAAUUUCAUCUGUUAUCAAAAAAAAAAGGAAAUGUUAAAAAUGACGGAUGAGCAUGACAAGGCUGUCCACGAGCCGCCGUGCAGCCCUUCGGGCUCCAACUGCUCCAUGUCUCAGGACGAGUCGGACUCGGACGCUCCGUCCUCCCCGACUGGCUCCGACGGCCAGGGAUCGCUGCUCUCCGGCAUGGGCAAGAAGCUUGACCCGGAGGAAGACGACCGCUUCCCAGCCUGCAUACGGGACGCGGUUUCUCAGGUGCUCAAGGGAUACGACUGGUCCUUGGUGCCCAUGCCCGUCCGAGGGAACGGCUCGCUGAAGAUGAAGCCCCACGUGAAGAGACCCAUGAACGCGUUCAUGGUGUGGGCUCAGGCGGCGCGCCGAAAGUUAGCGGAUCAGUAUCCCCACCUGCACAACGCCGAGCUCAGCAAGACCCUGGGGAAACUUUGGCGCCUGCUCUCUGAGAACGAGAAGCGGCCGUUCGUGGAGGAAGCCGAGCGCCUCCGGGUGCAGCACAAGAAGGACCACCCCGACUACAAGUACCAGCCCCGCCGGCGGAAGAACGUGAAGCCGGGGCAGGGGGACUCCGACUCGGGCGACCUGGCCCACCAGAUGUACAAGGCUGAGCCCGGUCUGGGGGGGCUGGCGGGCAUGAGCGACGGCCGGCACCACCCCGACCACACAGGCCAGCCCCACGGCCCCCCGACCCCGCCCACCACCCCCAAGACGGACCUGCACCACCCAGGCGCCAAGCCGGACAUGAAGCCCGAGGGCCGGCGGCUGAUGGAGGGCGGCCGGCAGAACAUCGACUUCAGCAACGUGGACAUCUCUGAGCUCAGCACCGACGUCAUCAGCAACAUGGAGGCCUUCGACGUGCACGAGUUCGAUCAGUACCUGCCGCUCAACGGCCACGCCGCCGCCGCCUCCUCCGCCAUGCUGUCCCUGGACCACCACCACCACCACCACCACCACCACCCGCACCACCCCCACCAGGGCCCCGGGCCCACGGGGCUGUGCGGAGGCGGCUCCUACCAGUCCCCGUACGGUCACCUCGGCCACGGCGGCCCGGCGUGGAGCCGCAAGGCCGCCCCGGCCACGCCCGGCGGCGCGGGGAGCGGCAGCGGCGGCGGCGGCGGCGGCGGCGGCGGGAUGCCGACGCCCCCGUCCCCGGGGGGAGAGGCGGGGCUCCACCGCGCCCACAUCAAGACGGAGCAGCUGAGCCCGAGCCACUACAGCGAGCACUCCCACAGCUCCCCGUCCCAACCCGAGUACGGCCCCUUCAGCGGCCAGGCCUGCGUCUCCUCCUCCUCCUCCUCCUCCUCCUCCUCUUCCUCCGCGGCGCCCGCCCCCCCGGCCGCCUUCUCCAGCCCCCCCCAGUGUGACUAUACGGACCUGCAGGGCUCCAGCUACUACAGCCCGUACUCGGGGUAUGCCUCCGGCCUCUACCAGUACCCCUACUUCCACUCCUCCCGGCGGGCCUACGGGAGUCCCAUCCUCAACAGCCUGUCCAUGGCCCCCGCCCACAGCCCGUCCGGCUCCGGCUGGGACCAGCCCGUUUACACCACCCUGUCCAGACCCUAACCGGCUGGAGUGGGGAGGGGGAGGGGAUUAGGCGGUGUCCCUGGGUGCACCUCCCCCCCCCCCCCCCAGAGCACUGAGACUCCGUUCAAGAAGAUAAUGCACUACUAUAACAGGAAGGCAGCAGAGAGAGAGAGAGGAAGGUGGCGCUCGCGGCUGCACGACCCGACAAACAAAAGCAAAACAAAUGACAUAAAAGUGCCUGCUGAUUUUAUACAAAGUGUAUCCGUGUGACGAAGAAGAACUCUAAAACAAACACACGCAGAAACCACACGGCGAUGGACGUUUUACACAGUGAUGAAACGUGUGGCUGGCAAGUCAAACUCCUCCGUGAGGACAUAUUGCCUCCGCCUACCUUCGUUCCAGUUUCGUAUCGCACGUGUCGAUUGUGCGUGCGCGUGUUGCUGUGCGUGCACACAACAUGUGUGUGUGUGUGUGUGUGCUCGUGAUUGCACACUUGAGGCAAAAAGCAAAGGCCUGUCAAAGAGUUUUUCUAGGAGGAAGAAAUUGUUGGCCUGAAUCCGUUGACAAACAGAUGGAGAUUCAGCUCCAUCGGGUAAGGUGCCCAGGCCCAAUUAAGACAAUUUGCGUCUCGGUGAUAAUGGCCAUAACUACAUUCUAAAAGAUCUGGCAGCGACAACAUCAUACGGCAUAACUCAAUGGCUCAUUUUGAAUCUUUAAGUGUCACUUGGCUUAGAAGUCUUAAAUGUAUUUAUGUUCAGUACUUUAUUUCUUACCAUUUCUGUUUUUUCUUAAGUAUACACAUAUAAUGUGGGCGUGGUUAUUUACAUUAUUGUUUUUGUCACGAAUGAUAAAGAAAAACCAGACAACUCGACAUGGAUGGAUGGAUCGGGCAGUGAGGUACAGAGAGGGUACGAAGGGGUUGCGGUUCGAUAUCGUUCCGUUUCACCACCAUUCACAAGAGGUCAGCCCUGUUCCGGGGUAUGUUUGCGGGAGGACCGAUGCCGGACACAACAGGUGUCAGAAAGCUAUGCUUGGCGAAUUGCGAUUAGUCAUGAUGGGGGGGUUAAAGGAAAUGGGGUAAGAUAACACCGAGCGCACUGAGUGACAUGUCAGCUGGGUCUCCUGUUUGCAAGGAUGCAGAAACAACGACACAUGGAUGUGUGUGUGUGUGUGCGUGUGUGCGUGCGUGCGUGUGUGUGCGUGUGUCUAUGUGUGAUUUUGGAUUGUGUAUAUGUGUGUGGGGGAUUUUUCAUGUGUGUGUACGUGUUUGAGAGUGUGCAUAUGGGAUUUUGCAAGUGUGUGUGUGUGCCAUGUGAUUUGUGGUUUUAUAUUUGUAUGUAUGUGAUGUGUCUCUGCAAGAAAGGGGAAGGGAUAAAAGAGGUGCUCUCUAAGCCUGUAUCACGUUGCAUCACAACUUCUCACACAGUAAAACCCCUUUUGCUCUAAUGGACGAGGAACUUGGAGUGAGAAGUUUAAUAUUAAAGGAUAAUUUUUCGCCAGAAGAAGGCGUUUAAAUAAGAGAGUGUGAUUCCCUUUCUCCCCCCCCUUUCAUCUCUUGAGUCGAGUGCCAACUCCCUGCACGGUCUCCCUUAGAAAACCACGUCAUUUGUGCCUUUUAAAUGCUUUUCAGCCCGUACCGCGAUAUGAAUUCUAAAUUAACAAAUUCCCAUGCCGCUUGCAUUCAGUUCUUCACAACAUUCAGACACGGAUACGUUCUUUUGAUAAUAUACUUUGUUUGUUAUCAUUCCUUACACUCUUUGGUUUCGAUACCGUUUAUGUUAUGAUUUGAAAGCUAUAAAACUCUGUGCUCAGAUUUCUCUUCAGUGUUUUCACAGUGUUUUGUAUAUUUUUAUUGUGUACAAUUGAAAAAACAAAAAAGGCUGUGAAUGUACUUUCUUUUUGAAUUAUUAACUACAGAUUCAUUCCUACCCGCACAGCUAAUACAUUUUCUCUGGCCAUUUUUGUGAAUGUAAAAUAAAAUAAAACAUUUUCUUGAUAUUGAA